AUGGCUAGCAGCAACCGCCGAAAAACUAAACGACUCAAGGGCAAGGCGAGGAAAGAAGCCCAAAAAGCUGCUGCUGCCUCCGCGAAUACCCCUGCGGAUACCUAUCGCAUCAAUGUUGGAGAGUUUGUGCCCAUGGCAGAAGCCAUUGCGAAGAAAGUCCCCAAGGUCGAGGUCCCUGGAGCGCUCAGCAAACUGUUCGAUCGUGCCAUCCAGGCUCGAGAAAAGGCGGCAACUUUGUUCAAACAAUCGCAUAGCGACACGGUCCUAGACGAGAGCAAUCAGACCCAUGCUCACUUCGUCGAAAUUCUUAGAAAUGCUGCUGAUAUCCUUCAGCCGCUGGUUAAAGAGUCUGUGCCUCGUGCUCAAAGGAAGGAGCCAAGUCAAAAGUCCGACGUUGACACCCUGCGAGAGAUGAAGAAUACUUUCUCCAGUCUCUCGGUGGACCCUGAAAAUGCUGCUGAAGAGGCUGAGCCUGAGGAUGAGCUUGGGGAGGAGCCUGCCUCCAGACCAGAUGACUCGAUGGAAUCGCUACCUCCUGUGAACCCUGUUGAAAUCCAGCAAGACGAGUCGGAAAUCGAAUCCGAGUUCUUCUUCGCUAUCCAGUCGUUCAUUACCAACAUACAUGAGCUCCGCGACAUUGUUCAAGAAGUCUGGUUUUCAUACAAGGACGGCAAAAUCGACUUGGUGAACGCUUCUGUCAUCGCGAACACAGCUAUCGACUUGGUGCGGCACGCUGAGUCUGAAUUUGAUCUAACGCUUGUACGCCCAAAGAUGUACCCUCAGAAGAAUUUUCCCGUAUGGGUACUACCAGCUCUUUUGUUGAUCAGUCAGCAUCCGGACAUCAUCGGCCCAUCCGAUUUUAUGGACUUCCUGUUUCCCAGUGGCCUUAUGAUGCCUGGCUCUCAUGCGUGCUCACAAGUUUACUGGUGUAUGUGGCCAGUUUAUGCCGGCCUAAAAUACUACCUGGAGGCGAUUAGGAUUUCGAAGAAGCCUAAAACGGAUAUUCCCAUCGUUGCGAAAUCUGCUUUUAAUCCAGUCGGUGGCGUCCACAAAGAUACCUACCGCACGCUUGAACUGGCCCGGAUGUUCCGACACACUACUUCGCGCCAUGACGAGACAAUAGCCAUGGACGAAGUCUCUCGCGGUAUGGCGCAUAUGUUCAAACAUCGCCAGAUCCCUAUUUGGACUACUUUCGGAAUACAAAUACUGCUCGACAUACAAGACAUUCUAACUAAAGACCAUCUGCACGAUCCGUUCGAUGAGCUGACUGUGCGCGUAGAUCGGGAGGUGGCCAUGAAAGAGGCGCUGGAGCGUAGCUGGAUACAACGCUUCCCGUCUAUUGGACAUGCAGCAGAUGUUCGAAAGGACAUGGCCACGGACCUUACCUAUACCAAAGCAGUCGCGGAUGAUCCAUGCGAAACCCUGAAGCCCAAUCCGAUUCGAUGUGGACUCUUGAUGUACGACGCUUAUCUGCAACUCAACACCUCAGGUUAUCAGCUAGAACGCGCGUUGGGUCAGAUUUGCAUGAUGACACACUUAUACGUUGCCACCAAGCUAUUGCAUCCUGAUUGCCCUGUAUGGCCGGAUAUGGAGUACCUCAUCCACCAGCAAGACGAAACGAGGCUUUUCUUCGGUGGUGCCCCCCCAGACUCUCGUAUCCUGGCUCCGAUCUUCCUGGAGCGAAGUUUUGGAUGGGCGACUACCGACGCAGCUGUUGACGAUAAAGUCAGACAACUCAACAACACCCUUCGAUCGGAAACAGAGCUGGUCCGCCUAGCCAAAAAAUUCAACAGAGAGCGCGACAAUGUAUGGUGGACACUAGCAAGCCGUCGCUGGCGCCCAUACAUCGAAGAGCACUCCGCGAACGAUAACGGCCCCACCGCCCUCCUCCGCGACCUUAUUCCCUGGCUUGAAGGCGAUGCCAUGGACCUCUACUUCAGCUGGCAAGCUCUGCAAGACCAAUGCGCAAAAGUUUGGCACCACCUCGUACGCUCCCUCUCCACAGAGCCCUCCUGGGACAACAAGUGGAGCCAAGAUCCACGGAUGGGUAUUUAUAUCCUGGAAGACGCCGCCGCUGACGAGGAGCACUGGGGCUGCAUAGCAAAAGACGACAAAGCCUUUGCAUCUCCUUUGCGAAAAGCACACGACGCGAUCCAAAAGGUCAUCUUCGAAGUCCAGGAAGAACCCCAAACCGCCCUCGGUAUCUUCGACAGAGACCCAAGAACAUCUGCUGAUAUCGCAACUCGCGGCGGCGACGUCUGCCUCGCACGCCUUGCAAAAGAAAACAAAGACUUCACCCUCUCCGUCGGAAGCGGAGCCCACUACGAUCCCCUCGACCUCUACAAAAACUGGCCCCCGGAAAAAUUCAUAUACUCGCACGUCGCCCAAUGCAUUCUCAACUUCGGCCGUGAAACGAGGGAAGCAGACGAGAAGAAGGCGGCGGAAAGCACGCGUGUGUACGAUGCUGAAGAUGGAUCACACUUUGGUAUCGGAUGA